GCAAUUGCAAUGAAAGUAUAUGGUUUAUUACUUUGAAGUGUCAUUAUUUCUAAAAAGUUUACUUUUUAAAUGCAUAUAAGUGCAUAAGUACAUACAUAUAUAUACAUAUAAACACAUGUAUGUAUAUUCAUUGAUAAUUCUCACGAAUUUUGUUUUUUAUGAGUAAGAAAGCACCGUUUAUUAUUUUUUACAACAAUGAGAGAUUUUUAAGAACUUGAACUGUAAUAAGUGAGUGUAUUGAACUAUGGGUGGAGUCAAUUUUAGUUGGGUGUUUUUAAGGAAAUGAAAUGGAAAUAUAGUCUAAAUAAUUUGUUAGUUUAAAUCUUACUGUAUUACGUCAAGCACAAUGGCCCGCUCGAUUCUUCCUAGUCAGCAGAAAUUAGCCGAAAAAGUAAUUAUCCUCAAUGACAGAGGUAUAGGAAUGUUAACUCGUAUUUAUAAUAUCAAAAAAGCUUGUGGAGAUGCUAAAUCCAAGCCAGCUUUUCUUUCUGAUAAAACUCUUGAAUCAUCGAUCAAGUUGAUAGUCAGAAAAUUUCCUAAUAUAGAUAUAAAAGGAUUACAAGCUAUCACAAAUUUACGAAAUGAAAUUAUCAAGUCAUUAUCUUUGUAUUAUUACACAUUUGUUGAUUUAUUAGAUUUUAAAGACAAUGUUUGUGAAUUAUUAACAACUAUGGAUGCCUGUGGAGUACAUAUGGAUAUUACAAUUAAUUUUGAUUUUACCAAGUUAUAUUUAGAUCUAGUUAUUACAUAUGUCAGCUUGAUGAUUUUACUUUCAAAAGUAGAAGAUCGAAAAGCAGUUCUAGGUCUUUUUAACGCAGCACAUGAAAUGGUUCAUAGUCAGUCUGAUCCUAGUUUUCCACGAUUAGGCCAAAUGAUAAUGGACUAUGAUGUUCCACUGAAGAAAUUAUGUGAAGAAUUUAUACCACAUGCAAAAUUAUUACGGAAUGCAUUAACAUCAUUAUGGACUGUAUAUCCUGCAAAAAAUUUAUCAGCUGACUCAUGGAGGGCAGACCAAAAAUUAAGUUUAAUUGCAAGUCCAAGCCAAAUAUUAAAAGCAGCAUCAACUGAUACAAUGUCAUGUGAGACAUUAAGUUUGGACAGAAUUGAAAGAUGGAUCAUUCUUGGGUUUACACUGUGCCAUUCAUUCUUGAAUCAAGAACAAUCAAGUAAAUUAUGGACUACUGCUUUAGAGUCAAGAUGGGUUUUGCCACUUUUUCGUGAUGAGGUAAUAUAUAUCCAUCAAUAUAUUCAAUCUUUUUUCGAGACUAUCAAAGGAUAUGGUAAAAGAAUAUCUGAAAUUAAAGAUUGUUACAACCAAGCUAUACAAAAAGCUGGCUAUCGUCAUCGAGAAAGGCGAAAAUUUUUGAGAACAGCUUUAAAAGAACUAGGAUUAAUUUUAGCUGAUCAACCAGGUCUUUUAGGACCCAAAGCAUUACUAGUUUUUAUGGGAUUAUCUCACGCACGAGAUGAAAUUUUAUGGCUUUUGAGACAUGCUGAUAAUCCUCCCAAUCAAGGAAAAGGAAAAGGUCGUGGUAAUGAAGAUUUGUUAGACAGACAACUUCCAGAAUUAUUAUUUCAUUGUGAAGAAUUACGAGCAUUGGUUAGAAAGUAUUCUCAAGUUCUUCAACGUUAUUAUGUACAAUUUUUAUCUGGCUUUGAUGCACCUGCACUCCAUCAAAUCAUUCAAAGUUUACCUAUUUGUCCAGAAGAUGAAGGCGCAAUUCUCAGUGAUUUAUGCUCAACGAUGUCAAAUGUUACAGUAAAACAAGUGGAAGAUAAUGAACUAUUUGAUUUUCGUCCAUUAAGACUUGACUGGAUAAGAUUACAAGCAUAUAUGUCAGUCACAAAAUGUAACAUGAAUCUUAUGGAUAAUCGUGAAUUAGCAGCAUUUAUGGAUACUGUAAUAUUUCAUACAAAAAUGAUUGAUAAUCUUGAUGAAAUGUUGAUCGAAACAUCUGAUUUAUCCAUAUUUUGUUUUUAUAAUAAAAAUUUUGAGGACCAAUUCCAUAUGUGUAUAGAGUUUCCUGCUCAAAAUAGAUAUAUUAUUGCAUUUCCACUUAUUUGCAGUCACUUUCAAAGUUGCACACAUGAUCUUUGUCCUGAAGAACGACAUCAUAUACGUGAGAGAAGUCUUUCUGUUGUUAAUAUGUUUCUUGAUGAAAUGGCCAAAGAAGCAAAAAAUAUCAUUACAACCAUUUGUGAUGAUCAGUGUAAUAUGAGUGAUAAACUUUUGCCGAAACAUUGUGCUCAAAUGAUUUCACAAGUAGUAAAUCGCAAGAAAAAGGAUAAAAAUAAGAAAAAUAUUUACGAAAUCCAUAAACCUGGUAUCGAGAGCUACAGAAAAACUCGAGAAGAACUCACAACAAUGGAUAAAUUACAUAUGGCAUUGACAGAACUUUGUUAUGCUAUUAAUUAUUGUCCUACUAUAAACGUUUGGGAGUACACUUUCGCACCAAGAGAGUAUUUGAAUCAACAUCUUGAAACUCGAUUCUCGAGAGCCUUAGUUGGUAUGGUUAUGUUCAAUCCAGAAGCUAAUGAAAUAGCAAAACCUUCUGAGCUUUUAAUUAGUGUAAGAUCAUAUAUGAAUGUGCUUCAAACUGUAGAGAAUUAUGUUCAUAUCGAUAUUACUCGAGUAUUCAACAAUGCUUUACUACAACAAACACAAGCACUAGACAGUCAUGGAGAUAAAACUAUUGCUGCUCUAUACACACAAUGGUAUUCUGAAGUAUUAUUAAGAAGAGUUAGUGCAGGAAAUAUCUGCUAUUCUCCAAAUCAACGAGCUUUUGUCAGUUUGUCUGUAGAAGGAGCGAUACCUUUUAAUGCAGAAGAAUUCUCAGAUAUCAAUGAACUUCGAGCAUUGGCAGAACUUAUUGGACCUUAUGGAAUGAAAAUGUUGAAUGAAACACUCAUGUGGCACAUCGCUAGUCAAGUGCAAGAAUUAAAAAAGCUUGUUGCAAGCAACAAAGAGAUUCUUAUAGCUUUAAGAACUAAUUUUGACAAACCUGAAGUUAUGAAAGAUCAAUUUAAAAGAUUACAGCAUGUGGAUAAUGUUCUUCAAAGAGUUACAAUCAUAGGUGUUAUAUUCAGUUUUCGUCAGCUUGCUCAAUCUGCUCUUGUAGAUGUUCUAGAAGAACGUAUACCAUUUUUAUUAAGCUCAAUAUUAGAUUUUCGUCAUCAUCUACCAGCUGGAGAUCCCAUGCGAGUGGUUUCUGAAAUGACAUCUGCUGCAGGAUUAACGUGUAAAGUAGAUCCAACACUUACUACAGCUCUUCGAACUCAAAAAUCUGAAGUUGAUGAAGAAGAACAUGUACUUUCUUGUCUACUUAUGGUUUUUAUCGCUGUGUCCAUUCCAAAACUUGCACGAAAUGAGAAUUCUUUCUACCGAGCAUCAUUAGAAGGUCAUUCCAAUAAUAUACAUUGUGUAGCAACUGCUAUAAACAAUAUAUUUGGAGCUCUAUUUACUAUUUGUGGUCAAAAUGAUAUUGAAGAUCGAAUGAAGGAGUUUUUAGCAUUGGCAUCAUCAAGCCUCUUGCGACUUGGACAAGAAGUUGACAAAGAAGCUACUCGGAAUAGGGAAUCAAUUUAUCUUUUACUAGAUCAAAUUGUUCAAGAGUCUCCUUUUCUAACAAUGGAUCUAUUAGAAAGUUGCUUCCCUUAUGCACUGAUACGUAAUGCAUACCAUGAUGUAUACAAAUUAGAACAUAAUCAAAUAUAAAAAAAUCAAGUAAUUCAUUGAAAUAGAUACAAUAAAACUUUUUACUAACAUAUAUGUUAGAGAUAAGAAAUAUUUUUAAUCAUGAAGCUUGAGAGUACCUCUAUACUGAAUGUAGUGUUGAAAUAGUAGCAUUGAAUACAAAUAUAAUCGCAAUAAUUUAUUUCUUUGAUAUACUAAUUAUCUUAAUGUAAUAUUUAAAAUUUAAUUUCUUAUAAAUUCAUUACAAAAAAUUUUUUACUAUUGAUAAAAAAAAACU